ACCGCGGCGAAGGGUGAGUGAUGCUCUCCUGCCCCGGGGCGGCGUGACGUCACUCCUCCCUCGACAUCAACGGCCGAAAUGGCGGCGCCGAGUUGCAGGUAGUUCAAACAUCAGCAUCUCUAGAUACAGCUUUGUUGGCUGGAGCUGCUCUUGGCUAGAAGCUAUGAAGAAACAUUUUUCAUAAAACUUCUACGUGACUGAGGCCAUGGCAUCUUCAACAAACUUAGAUGCUGGUGCCCAGUUAAUUGUGGAAGAAUGUACCACCAGCUACAGCCUUCCACCCAUGCCAGACAUUAAGGUGGAGCAUCAGCUUGACUCCAGCACAGAGGAAGGCCCAGCUCAGAGUGUCGCCAUGGGAAUGAAAUUCAUUUUGCCCAACAGAUUUGAUAUGAACGUCUGCUCACGAUUUGUGAAAUCUCUGAAUGAGGAGGACAGUAAAAAUAUUCAAGACCAAGUUAACUCUGACCUUGAAGUGGCAUCUGUCUUAUUUAAAGCUGAAUGCAACAUCCACACUUCUCCUUCCCCUGGUAUUCAAGUAAGACAUGUUUAUACUCCAUCAACUACUAAGCAUUUCUCACCGAUAAAACAAUCAACUACCCUAACUAACAAACACAGGGGAAAUGAAGUUUCUACAACACCUCUGCUUGUAAACUCUUUGUCAGUUCAUCAGCUGGCUGCUCAGGGAGAAAUGUUAUAUCUGGCCACACGUAUUGAACAAGAAAACGUUAUCAAUCAUAAGGAUGAAGAAGGAUUUACCCCUCUGAUGUGGGCUGCAGCUCACGGGCAGAUAGCAGUAGUGGAAUUUCUCCUCCAGAAUGGUGCAGAUCCUCAGAUUUUGGGCAAAGGGCGAGAAAGUGCCCUGUCACUGGCUUGCAGUAAAGGAUACACAGAUAUUGUCAAAAUGCUGCUGGACUGUGGAGUUGAUGUCAACGAGUAUGACUGGAAUGGAGGUACACCUCUGCUAUAUGCAGUACAUGGGAACCAUGUGAAAUGUGUAAAAAUUCUCCUUGAAAGUGGUGCUGAUCCAACUAUUGAAACAGAUGCUGGCUAUAAUUCCAUGGAUUUGGCUGUAGCUUUGGGAUAUCGGAGUGUUCAACAGGUUAUUGAGUCUCAUUUAUUAAGGCUCCUUCAAAAUAUCAAGGAAUAAUGGUUCGCCCUUCUGCAGGUGUCAGUUCUUGGCCUAGAGAUUUGAACUGCUUUUUAGCCCUGUAAUCAGUGAAAAGGGUUGGUUGUUUUUUAACUUUACCUCAGUUCAAAUAUUUGCUGGUUUUAGUUAAGCUUUUUAAUGUGCUUCCUCUUACUGUUGUUCACAGAACUAUGUGAUGUCAUCCUUUUCUUAAAUGUAUUUUAUAUAAUUCUAAAAUUAAAAGUUGUUGUGCAUGACAAACUUUGUAAAUAAACCCAGUUUUGACUAUUUAAAUGUUUACACUGAGUGCAGUGAGUGGCACUGUACGAAGUGUUCUACUUGGUCAUGUCAUUGAUAAAUAUUGACAGAAAGAAGUUUCUUUAGAUGUUGCAGUAUAUCACCACAGAAGAUAGAUGUCUUCACUCUUAGUAAUACCAAAACGCACACAACACGUGGUUGUUUUGAAGAUCCCUUGUUAAUAUUACUGUGUCAGCUUGUAGCUUUGUCCAGUUUUUAAUAAGAUGGUAAUAAAUUGAAGGACUCUGAUGGUAGUUUAAUUCAUACCUGAUUUCUUUCCACUUGCUUCUGCCUUCUUUUUGUAGUCUUGAAACAACUAGGCCUGAGUGUCCCUGGUAGAAAUUUCUCUGGUAUAAGUAAGCCUAAUGGCAAGUGCAGAAUUCCUAGCUCCUAAAUAUCCUCCCUGACAAGGCUGAAAGCAGUCAUCAGCUGUAACAGAAGAGAAGUCAGACCCUACUGCAUUCCAGCCUUCUUCAGCCAAAUUGUGGAGAAUGUGGAAGGGGCCCAUAAGGACCAUCAAGUACAACUCUGUGCUUCUCAGAGUACUACCUAAAACUAUACCACAUGACUAAGAGCAUCGUCCAGACACUCCUUGAACUCUUGACAGGCUUGGUGCCGUGACUGCUUCCCUGGGGAGACUGUUUGAGUGACUGCCCACCCUCUCAGUCAGGAACCUUUUCCUGAUGUCCAAUCUGAACUUCCCCUGAUGCAGCUUCAUUCCCCUUCCUCAUGUCCUGUUGAUGGUCACCAGAGAGGGGAGAUCAGCACUUUCUCCUCCACUGCCCACCUCAAGGAAUCUGUUGGCUGCAAUGAGGUCAGCCCUCAGCCUUCUUUUCUCCAAGCUGAACAAACUUAAGCGACCUCAGCUGCUCCUCUGAAGUCUUGCCCUUGAGGCCUUCCACCAUCUUUGUCACCCUUCUCUGGACACGCUCGAAGUUUGAUGGCCUUCUUACAUUGAAGCUCCCAAACCUGCACAGAGCACUUGAGGUGGGGCUGUACCAGCGCAGUGGAGAGUGGGACGAUCACCUCCCUCGCCUGGCUGGCAAUGCUGUGCUUGAUGCACCCAGGGCACCGUUGCCCUCUUGGCUGCCAGGGCACACAGUUGGCUAAUGUUCAACUUGCCAUCAACCCAAACCCCCAGACCAAACUCCCAGAUGUCUUUGUGGGGCUGUCCUCCAGCCCCUUGACCCCCAGUUUGGGGGGGGGGGAUGUCCCAGUGUGGCAGGUUAAUUAAAACAGCAAUUAUGAUUUUGAAAUCAGUUGAAAGAUCAGGCAAUGUUAACUGAUUUUGUGGGAUCGCUGCAUUUAAUCAAAGCUACACGGAGUAAUGGGACGUGAUAGUUUUGCACAAAUGAUAGACAAGCUUUUGAAAGAGACUUUUCAGAAUCUUUUCCACUGACAGUACAUAUGGAUCCCUUGUGUGGUUUCCAUACGCAUUUAUCCACUGUAUCCAGUAGAGGUCUGGCAUCUAUUGAGAUGUAUAGAGCCCAAAUCCCCACCUUUCUUCCUCACUCCAUGGACAGUAGGCCCAGUCUCCAAUUUACUCUCCACCUAAGGAUCACAAGACAUGAGUGGACUCAGGGAAGUUACUGUAUUCCUUCUAUAGCAUCUCUACUGUGUUUAAUUCUUCUGUUUGAAAAUCAUUCCACAAUAAAGGAAAUCAAUACUGUUCUAAGUGCAUGCACUGUGAUCCUGAUCAAAGGUACUGGAAGGCUGGGGAAUAAUCCAACCAAUUUCUUUGGGUCAGAGCCAGAGAAAUAAUGAAUUCAAAAUGCUAACUUUGUUUUUUUCUGAGUGUCUGAAUAUACAGUAAGGGAAAAUGUAGGAAAAAAAAUGCAAACCUACAUGGAUUAAACCUAAAUUUGUGGCCAAAUUUCUGUCUGACUCUAGACUGAAACAUCUGCAGUAUAUAAAAGGUGUAAAUCAGAUCAGAUUUAGCCUCUGAAAUGUUGUUGGUGUGAGAGCCAGUCUGAAGAUCCAUUUAUUUUACAAAGCUGAAAUCUGAAUGAACCUUAGGGGAGGUGAAGCAAGAAAAUAUAACUGACCUUGGAGGUGUCUUUUGCAAUCCUUGCAGCACUUAAGUGACUAUUAUCUGUCUCUCAGGCUUUGACACUUGUAUUUUUAGGUAGGGUUUAUGCCAGUUUUACUGUACCGUGCUUGAGUAAAUCAGAUGGAAGAAACAGUAAAUUUGACAUGCCUUGGAAGCGAGAGAAAAAUUGUUUCAUAAUCAAAAUCUAGAAAAAUAUGUCUUAUUGUAAGUCAUUUUAAAAUAAAAUAAAAUGAAGUGGCAAUUACUGUAAAGUUUCAUAUUAGAAAUACUGAGAUUUAAUGGCAUUUGUAAAAACAAAUGUUGAACUCCCGUGUUUGUUGAAAAAUAACGCAAAUAAAAUGCAAACUGUAUUUUCUUGAAAUAUCAGAACUUGAGCCACUUCUGAUCAAUUUUUAGGACAUCUGAAGUAUACACAUACUGUAUAAGUACACAUAAGGGAGAGAAUUUCCAUUUUUUUUUUGUAUUAUUUGUGUUACAGUUAGGUACUUGUUCUAAAUUGUGAACAUUCAAUAUCUGCUUUGUAUUUUGUCUUGAACUUCAAUCAGCAUUGAGUUAAUAUAUAGGAAAUAAACUGACUGAUAAUCUUAA